AUGGCUAUAGUGUACAUAGCUCAUAUUCAACAGAGCUUGACCAAUGGAAUGAUUCUUACAUAUAGUGGGUGGAGUGUUGAAAUGGAAAUAAACAAUUAUUAUGGUUUUGGUGGUUGGCUGCCAAUAGUCGCAUCCUUUUGCUGGAUGAGAGGUGUUAUCAUUCUAGCUAUAAAUAUAUACUGUUGUCGAGUCCUUCAAUUAACAAGACGUAGAAUUAAAAAACGAGAAGUCAAAGAAAGGCUUGUGUUAGAGGAACAACCAGCAAUCCCAGGACCCAAUUACCAAGAUCCGAUCGACGACAAAGUAUUAUAUUUCCGAGCGGGGGAGCACAAGCCGUCUGUUAAGAAAUCGUAUAGAGCUAUGUUCUUUUAU